AUGACAUGUACAAUCACAGUCAUCAGGAAGAAGUUCAAGUGUCCCUAUUGCAGCUUCUCAGCCAUGCACCAGUGCAUCUUGAAAAGGCAUAUGCUCCACACAGGAGAACGACCCUACCCGUGUGAAAUUUGUGGGAAGAAAUUCACCCGACGGGAGCACAUGAAGCGGCACACUUUGGUUCACAGCAAAGACAAAAAAUACGUCUGCAAAGUCUGCAGCCGGGUGUUCAUGUCCGCCGCCAGCGUGGGCAUCAAGCACGGUUCCCGUCGCCACGGCGUGUGCACAGACUGUUCCGGUCAUGGCAUGGCUGGCCGCUUGGAAGCCAGUGGGGGAGACGGGUCCCCGGAUGGAUUGUUCGGCGAGGGCCCUUACGCUGAAGACCCCGACGACCUCAAGGCGGAAGGAGACGAGGAGGAGGAAGACGACCUGAAAUGGAAAGAGGAGAUGGAGAUUUCACAAGACGAGGCCAUCUUGGAAAACGACAAAGAUGGCGCUGACUCUGCCCUGGAGAACCCUGGGGAGGCCGAGAAGGAUUUCGCUUGGAUUUCUUAGGGAUUGGGGGGGGGGUUCCUGCCGGUUUGGGGAUCGCACGGUGGAAAGAGCUGUAUCAGGAAAGCUGCAGCAGCCUCGCGAUUGUCCCCGUGUAUAGAAACGUACUAUGUGUGAGGACCUUUUUUUUUUUUUUUUUUUGGUCAAAGAUAAGUUCUCUGUCGGAUUUUUGCAUCAAUAAGCAUUUUCCCUCGAUGCUGUCACUUCCUUCUCUUAAAUCCUUCCAACCGUUUUAAAAAUAGGAAAAGGAGAAAAUAAUAUAUAUAUAUUAUUUUUCCACGGUCAAACU